AUGGUAAAUCCAGGUACUGCAAUUCGUCUGGAGAAAGCAGGAUACGCCGUUUAUGGCAUGGAUUAUGAAGGCUAUGGGAAGUCAUCAGGGUUGCAGGCCUAUAUCUCGACCUUUGACAAUGUUGUUAACGAUUGCUCUGAUUUCUUCAUUGAUAUUUGUGAGAGCUUGAGUUCCGGCUCCUUCCUUUGCUUGAAGGCAAUCGUAGAGUCCGAUAACUGGCGGUUUGCUUCCGAUGAGAUGGUAAAACCAGAUGAAAAUGUCAAUUACCAAGAGGAGUUCAUCACAAAUUCACAUGGAUUAAAGCUCUUCACAUGCAAAUGGGUUCCAAAGAGAGAUGAACCCAAAGCUUUGAUCUUCAUCUGCCAUGGCUAUGCCAUGGAAUGUAGCAUCACCAUGAGCAGUACUGCAAUAAGGUUUGUUAAAGAAGGAUAUGCAGUUUAUGGUAUAGAUUAUCAAGGGCAUGGGAAAUCAUCUGGACUGCAUGGAUACAUUGAAGAUUUUGAUUCUAUUGUGCAUGAUUGUAGUGUUCAUUUCUCAAGUAUCUGUGAGAACGAAGAGAACAAAGGGAAGAUGAGAUUUUUGGUAGGGGAAUCCAUGGGAGGAGCCGUUGCUCUUCUUCUACACAAAAAGAUGCCUGACUACUGGCACGGCGCCGUUUUGGUUGCCCCCAUGUGUAAGAUAGCAGAUGAAAUGAAACCACCUGCAGCAGUGACUUAUGUUCUCAGAGGGGUUAGCCGGUUGGUCCCAACUUGGAAAUCAUUCAAUUUGACCCAAGACAUUAUUGAUCUUGCCUUUAAACGACUGCUGAGAGGCAAGCCGUGA